AUGGAAAAGAAGCGUAAAUUAAACGUUCUUUCAAUUUCGGACAAAGUUCGUUUAAUACAGUUAGUUGAAAAAGGUGACCGUAAAAAAUGUGAAAUCGCCAAAGAAUUCAAUAUUCCACCAAAUACAUUAUCGUCAAUUAUUAAACAGAAAGAGAAAAUAAUGAAGUUCAAUUGUGGAAAUAUGAAAAAAAUGAGGAUGACUCCUUAUUUAGACAUUGAUAAAUGUUUGCUAAAAUGGUUUACUCAGUGUCGAGAAAAAAACAUACCAUUAAAUGGAACAAUUUUACUUGAAAAAGCAAACGGAUAUGUACAACAACUAGGACACACUAAUUUUAAAGCUAGUAGUCCGAACUAG